AGAAAUUCCAGUCCCAAUUGCCAUCAUAAGUUGAGGACUACUUGUAAAGAGCACUUGAAUGAUUUUUUAUUCUUGAUGUAAGUAAUAUUUGUAUAUAUGUUCAUUCUUAAUAGAUUAGAUUUUUCAAAACAACAAAAUCUAGCUCAGUGGAUAAGAAGAUUAUCUCAGCAAAUCAAAGCAUUGCUUAUACUUCGAGAUCAGGAAAGUGCCAAUAAUCUGUCUUGUAAUAACUCAGAAAAAAUGGAUGAAGCACAUCUACCUGAAGGAUUUAGGCCAGAGUUUCAACCAAAGAAUCCAUAUUCUGAAAGCAUUAAAGAAAUGCUGAAAACAUUUGGCACUGCAACAUAUAAAGUUGGUCUGAAAGUUCACCCCAAUGAAGAAGAUCCACGUGUACCUAUAAUGUGCUGGGGCAGUUGUGCAUUUACAAUCCAAGCAAUAGAACAAAUUUUAGCCGAUGAAGAAAAACCAUUAUUUGGUCAAUUGUCUUGCAGACAGGAUGACUGUCUUACUUCAUUGACACGAUUUGCAGCCGCGCACUGGACAGUUUCUUCACUAUCAGCAGUACAGGGUCACUUUUGUAUGCUUUUAUCAUCACUGGUGCCUAAUGAAAAAAGUGGAAAUCUUCCGUGCAUUCUUGAUAUCGAUAUGUUUCAUUUAUUGGUAUGCUUGGUGUUGUCUUUCCCUGCUAUACACUGUCAGGACUUUUCAGGAGUUAGCCUUGGUACAGGAGAUAUUCAUAUCUUCUACCUUGUCACUAUGGCACAUAUUGUGCAAAUAAUACUUACCUCAUCCACAGAAGAAAAUGGCAUGGACCAAGGAAACUCUGCUGUUGAAGAAGCUGCUGUUCUUGCUUUACAUAAGCAUAUUGGCCAGUAUGUGGGAAGUGCCUUGAAAGAAAUUUCUUCUGGAUGGCAUCUAUGGAAAAAUAUAAAAACUGGGAUCAUGCCUUUUCUGAGGUGCUCUGCUAUGUUUUUCCACUAUUUAAAUGGAGUUCCCAUACCACCAGAAUUGAAAGUCAAUGGGGCAAACCAGUUUGAACACUUAUGUAGCUAUCUUUCCUUGCCCAACAACCUAAUUUGCCUUUUUCAAGAGAACAGCAAAAUUACAAAUACUUUAAUAGAAAGCUGGUGUAAUAACAGUGAAGUAAAAAGAUUCCUGCAAGGUCAGAGACAAGCCAUAAGCUAUCCACGAGACUCUAAUAAAUUAAUAGAACUUCCAGAAGAUUACAGCUGCCUAAUCAAUCAAGCUUCUAAUUUUUCGUGUCCAAAGUCAGGUGGUGAUAAAAGUAGAGCACCAACAUUAUGCCUUGUCUGUGGAACUAUGUUGUGUUCUCAGAGUUACUGUUGUCAAACAGAGCUAGAGGGAGAAGAUGUAGGAGCAUGUACUGCACAUACAUAUACGUGUGGCUCUGGAGUCGGAAUCUUCCUCAGAGUACGGGAAUGUCAAGUGCUAUUCCUAGCUGGAAAAACAAAGGGUUGCUUCUAUGCUCCUCCCUAUUUAGAUGACUAUGGAGAGACUGAUCAGGGACUCAGGCGUGGGAAUCCUUUACAUCUGUGCAGAGAGAGAUUUAAAAAGAUUCAAAAACUCUGGCAACAGCAUAGUAUCACAGAAGAAAUAGGACACGCACAAGAAGCAAAUCAAACUUUAGUAGGCAUUGACUGGCAGAAUUUAUAACUUAUUUUCUGAAUUCUAGAACUGAAUAAUUCUUUUGUAAUCCAUCAUAAUACAUCAAGCAAAAAAGAAUUAGGAAACAAAGGAUGGAAAAUAAUAAAGAGAAGAAUCUAAUUCCUCCUUAAUUUUUUCCAUGUUUGUUUUAUAUAUUUAUUGGUUACCAUAACCAUAUAACUUUACUGUGUAGCAUAUUUGAUUAAUAGUAUUAUUUGCACUGAGCUUCUUUCACAACCUCCUGUUGAUUUCUCUAACUUGGCUGAGUGAAUUUGUACAAAAUUAUCAUCCUUGGCAUCUACUGAAACAUUUUUGAUAACUGAGGGGGGAGGAAAAAUUUGGCUGAAAUAGUAUCUUGAUCAAGCACAAUGUUGAAGCAGUGUGGUCUCCUUUUUGUAGUAAAUCUGAGCCAUUUUGCAUUUUAGUACUUAAAUUGUUCUAAACUUGGAAUAGGAUGAAAUAAAGGUGCAAAAAAUGUAGCAAUGGAUUUAUCUACAAGAGUGCAAAAUAACAUUGAAAAUGACUUUGUAAUCUGCAGUCUUGCAUGGCUCCUUGGUGUUUGUAUUUCUUAACUAGGAGAGAACACUUCAUAAGGAAAACUAAUUUAAUUAUCUUCUUGAAGUCUUGCACACUUUAGGAGUAUUUUGUGUGGAUUGUGAUAAUGGCAUAGUAGGCAAAGACUGUUUUCCACAUAUGAUUGAUUGGUAGACUUUGAUAUUACAUUUUUUUCUUAGAAUGUAAGAUAGCAACUUCACCCCUUGGAGGAGUCCUGUGAAUCUUGAUUUGAUCUCAAAUUGCAGAAGCUGAGAAUAGGAAUUUUUUUAGGUAUUUACUCCAACUUUCAAGGUUCUGGAUACAUUUGCCUUUUUACAAUUCUUAUGAUGAAACAGAGGAACCCAGUGUCUGUGGGGGUCCCAUUGCAAAGCUUAAUAGUUACUAAUUUCCUUCGUAGGCACCAACAAAUACAUGAAUUUGCACUUGGCUGGCAUUCUGUAAAGAAGUUUGUCUAUAGUAUACUUUAUAAGUAUAUUGAAAACUGCACAGAUUUUGCACAUGGGUGCCUGAAGGCAGUGAAUUUUCUAAAUACUAUACUUUCUGGAGAGUUGUCAUCUGUCCUUUAAAAUAUCAUUUUUUAAAAAAAAUGCUUUAUUUCCUAAUCAUAAUAAUCUGUAAUCUUAUCUAAUACCGAUAAAGUAUUAUUAUUUGGGGGAGGGGAAUUUCAUCACCAGUACAUUGCAGAGAAACCAUACUUUGAACAUGCUUUUUCAUGUUAUUGUAAAUUUAUUUUUUUAUUCAAUGUAAUGCAUCACUUCAUGCUGUUUUCUCAGAAUAGUUGCUAGUAAUAUAUCAGACACAUACAAAGCUAGAUCAUUUUGGCUGCCUAUUAUUAGAGUAAUUUUGGGCAAUCUGAUUACAGUCUUCCUAGAUGCUUUAGUAGUAACCAAACCUCUUUUUCCUUUGUGUGUCGUCAAUCUGGCAGUAGUUUUCAUCUUCCUUCUUUGUUUAGGUUAUAGAUAAAACUGUUUGCUGCAGAUGAUACAUUUAAGUUGCUAAUUCUGCGCUAACACAAUUUAUUUAAUAUAAAAUUUGCUUUAAGAUAUACAUAGUAACAAUGCAUUCAGUUUUGUGGAUUUUGUUUCUCCCUUGUGACUGCAUAGAUAAAUGAAAAACAAUAAAAUAAACUCUGCUGCUCGUAAAAAAAGAAAGAGAAUUGUAUAAAGUAAAUAUUGGGAGAAAUGCCCCCCCCCCCAGGGUACUAUAGAUGAGAUAAAGGUCAAAUGGAUAGAUGGUCUUAAGACCGUGAGACAUAAAGUGUAUAAUUUAUCCUGGUUUUCAGCAAGGUUGCUCAUUCUUCAACUGCCCAUUUUCUUCUGACUUUUAUUUCUUUCAGCAUGUAUUUAUGUUAAUUGUAGAAAUGUUUAUAUUACAAGCUUUCAGUAUCAGGGAAUUCAUACCUGUAAUGAAUUGACUAUGACUUUCAUAUCUGUGAACAACUUGUAAAAAUUAAAAUGUAUCAUAUGUAUAAAAAUAUAAGAAUAAAUGCUUUAGGUGUUGUUGAUAUUCAAUUAAUGCUCGAAUGUUGCUCACUUUUUAAAGAGGCAAUUCUGCUGAAUACUUUAAUUGCUAACUUGUUAAAAAAAAUGCCUUGGAUACAUAGCAUCUCUUGUUCCCAGUGUACAUUUUUAAAAAGUUUUAAAUAUUGCAGUCAGCCAUAUCAGUCUACUAUCCCUCUCAGGGCUGAGCUCAAACAGUUCAACAUUAAUAAAAUUAGUACUUCAGAAAUUA